UCCGCCGGUGGUGCCGAAUUCAUCUCCAUCGGUCGAGGGCGGCAUACUCGAACGAGAGGAAGAAGGCGAGGAGGGAGAACUCGCCCCCCUCCUCGAUCAACAUCUCUCUAAGGUGGAUCUUCUCAAGAUUCCGUGGCUCCUGUGGCUCUCGUGCAAUCGCAAGUUGCUUCUUUUUCCCUUCUUCUGUACCAUGUUUACGGCUUCAUUUGCACCCGGUGCAUCUCCUCAGAUUCCGACAUGGCAUCCUGCUCAAUCUUCUUUAUCUUCCUUCUGGCAGUCGGAAGACGUGCAUGAGCAUCUGAGAAAGUUGAAAGAAACCGUUGGUCUUGCAAAAGCAUUGAAGACAGAGCUAGAAGAAAUUCUUCGUGUUAGAAGGUCAAGGGACCCCAAUUCUGAAAGAGUUUCCUUAUCUUUGGAUUGCCCAUCACCAAGAGAACUGUCGCCGUCUUUAAACGAUUCCAUUGCCACCGGCGUUUCUCGGUGUUUUGAGGAUGAGUCGAAUUUGCAAAUUUUAAAAUUGAUUGAAGCAAAGAGAAUCAGUCUGGAUGUUCAAGAAUCCCUCUCGAUGGAGGCAGCAAACACACUGCUUUCGACUCUGAAAUAUCAGCUUGUGCCUCUUAAUGGCAUCACAAGUCAAGCAAUACCAUGGGAGGAGAAGUCAGCGGCAGUUAAAUUUGCUAACAAGCUGCAAAAGUCCAAAAGGAACAAGUUGUGGAAGAAAAAAAAAAGAAAACGUGUUGCUGAAUUAGCACGCAAGUUGCGUGAAGAUUAUGAUAAAGCUGACCACGAUGCUGAUGAAUGGAGAGCUAGGGAGAUUGCCAAUGACAUGGCGAGACGCAAGGUAGAAAGCAUGAAAGAAAUUGCAAAGCUGAAGUCUAGAGAGGAGAGAAAGAGACUAGAAUCUGAGCUUGAGCUUUUCCUAGUCGUUGAGAAAUUGCAAGAGCUUCACUCCAUCAGAAUUCAGAAGUUGAAAAAACAAGGUCAUUUCAUUCCAGAAGAGGAUGAUAAAUUUCUUGAGCGUGUACGAGCUGCUGUUGAGGAAGAGGAGCGGCAAGCUGCAGCUGCUGCUGACACACAUGCUGCCAAGGAUGCCAUUGCAACAGCUGAGGAGUCUAGAAAAGUUAUGCAGAACGCCAUAACAGAAGCAAAUUCUAUUGAUGAAAUUGAAGGCGAGCCAUCUAAGACCAAAGGCCAAAGUGAAAGAAGUUUGGUCAUGGAUGCAAAUAUGAAGUCUGAACAACAGAAGGAUGAAGCUCUGGGUUGGGGUAGUGGCUACGAUUCUGUGUCAAAUUUACCAUUUGAGUUCCUCCACUAUUAUCAUGGAAGCAGCAAUGAUAUGGGGACACUAAUUGAAGUUAGACGAACUUGGGAUGCUUAUAUUAGACCUGGAGGAAGCCGGAUACCUGGACACUGGGUGCGGCCACCACCACCUGCAGAUGCAGUCUGGGCAUCAUACCUUAUCCAACCGAAGUAGUGUCUUCACAUGAACUAUCUGUCUCAUCUUGCAGUGUCACAUUUGAGAAAGGUGCAGUGGUGGUGCCGGAGGGCAACCGGGGUAAUGCAACGAGGACAGGGAUCGCCACUAGUUAUUGUUGAAUCCAACACCGAAUCUGCUGUCCAUAUUCCAAUAAUAACAUCAGCAAAGUUAAAGAAAAAAUAUAUAUAAUUUCAGGGUUAGAAAGUACAGUUUGUGUAUGUUAAUCCUUUGCAUUGGUGGGACCUCAUCUUUUAAAUAUAAAAUGACAAGUUUUGGCAAUAAUAAUUUCUUUUUUCGUAUGUUAUUAAGUCCCAUAAUUUCUUGAUAUACGGUAUAAUGUGACAAUAAGAAAGGUGAUUAUUA